AUGACGAGCGAAAGUGGGAAGAUCUCGGGACCCGAUGAUACAAGCCACAUGCCUACGUCCUGCCCCUCUUCGAAAGACGGGAUCAAUGAGAGGAGUGAAACACAACCAGAGGAGACGACUCAAAGGAACUCAACUAGUCAACAUAAAAAUGGCACCCUUACAUUUGUCACGAAUAAAUUUUUAAACGAAAGGAGUAACGUAACGAUGGUCCAUGAGGAGGGGACCCUUGUGGGGACGCACACAUACGGGCAGUUCGUAGUACAACCUCCCUUUAAAACUGACACCAGUCUGAAGGCAGAAGAACCACCAAGUGAAACCCACGCGAAGGGAGCAAGUGCCACCAACACAGGUGAGAAAAGGAAGAGUCAGCCCCCUUCCAGGAUGAUCACCUCCUCAACCUCCUUCGCCAAAACUUGGGACGCCCAGCAAGCGAUUCUCAAAAUUUUUCCAACGAAAAAAAAAAAAAGGAAGAAGAAGAAAAAAAGAAAAGGCAGUACCCUUCAUGGGGUUAGAAAUGCCGCUUCGAACGAAAGCACCAAGGAACUGAUCAAAGGCGGAAGCAGCCUCCACUACGACUCCUGGCACGAGAUGGACGACCCGAAAGGGGAAGAUCUGACCAGCCGAAAGACGCCAAUCAGGGAAGAGAAGCACAACAGGAGAGGCAUCACCGACGGAAGUGAUUCAAUCAUGGGGAAUACACAACGGGGAAAGGGCCCAACCAACGAGGUCAUCCCAACCAAUGAGGUCAUCCCAACCGGCGAGGACAUCCCAACCAACGGGGACACCCCAACCAAUGCGAACCACAACAGGAAGAACCCACCAGACGGAUGGCCAAAGAAAAAAAUAACCCUCCUUAAGAGGAACGAAGUAAAGUAUGAAAAAUACGCAGGGGGUGGAAAUUACCCCAUAGGUAGUGUCCCUACUGGAGGAAAAAAUUGGCACCAAGAGACAUCUCAGAAGACACUCGAGCAGAGAGAAAAGGAAUAUAGAAAAAUACGAGCGAGGAUUUUUUCCAACUUUAAUAAAAAGAAAAAUAGCUUAAGGGUCCCGGAUGACUGCAUGUUCAAAGACGGUUCUAACGGUGUGCAGGAUCCUCCCACAGCUAGCCAUUUUGCCAUGCCGGUUGGAAGCCCCUAUGGUGCAGCGGCAAACAGUGCGUACGGAGCAGCGGCUAACAGUGCAUACGGCGCAGCGGCUAACAGUGCAUACGGCGCAGCGAUGGGCACCCCGUACGACACACCGCUUAACAACGUCUACUCCUGCGCGAUGAGUGGAUCCUACGCCUCGGCGAAUACCAACCCGUAUGCGACCAACUUCUGCAACCUCCCCCCUAGUAACCAUGAAGCCCUCCUUUACACACAUAAUAGUAUGCAUAUGGGAAGGAUGAACACGACGAACGAUGUGCCUCCCCCACCCCCAACCUUCUACCCGAGCAGCCAAACAGUUUACUCAAGUUAUGUGUACGACAUGCAGAACCAGUCCAGCUUUUCCAAAACGCCUACGUCCUUCCCCUUCCCCAUCGAACCCAGUACGAACUCUUACCCGCAUUACAAGAACAUAAACUGCCCUCCCGGCAGGGGGAGUAUCUCCAAUCGGGGCAAAGCGAAAAUGGUAGAUUGUUGCACCAAGGGAGACACAGGGAAAGACACAGGGAAAGAGACUCUAGUAGGUCCCCACCAGUUCGAGCUGAACAGUGGGGCGCACAUGGAUGGAGCAUACCCCACGGGUACCUAUAACAACGGUGUGCAUAACAGCGGUGUGCAUAACAGCGGUGUGCAUAACAGCGGUGUGCAUAAGGACGGCCUGUAUGCCUGCGGGCUGCAGAGUGGAUCCCUAAACGUAACCCCUGAACCCAUGCAAGGCACUGCACUCAUGAAUCACCCCAAACAGAACAGCCUCGCAAGCAUCACACAGGUAGAUGCGAUUAGCCAAAUGACAAAUAAAGGUAAAACUCCCAACAUAGAGAGGACAACCUUCACAGGAAAGAGCUUUACAUCCUUAAGUAACAAAAUAAAUCAAGACCAUGGCAAAAAAAAUAACAUACCAAUUGGGAAGAGGAUCAAUAGUGGCUCGAGGAAAAAAGGGGGCGUUACAAAUGGCAUCCUUAACAACAUCAUCGCUGCUGAAAUGCCCAAACAGAUGGGCUUCUUACAGGGGGGGGUGGAAAACAUACACAACUCUGCUGCUACCGUCAGUGGGGGGGGAGGCACCUCUCGAAGGAAGAAAAAGGACAACGUCGGUGGUGUCAGUGGUGUCAGUGGUGCCGGAGCUGCCAGGACUGUCAGUGCCGCUGUAGCCCCAAGUACAAAUGCAUACUCAAUGACGAACACCAGCUUGCUGGUCACCCCCCAAAUGAACAUCCUCACGAAUGAGGCGCCCCUCGGGGGAAAUAGAAACCAAAAGAGUGGGGAUUUCGAAAGGGGGGAAGGAAGGAGAAUACAACCAGGCGCUCCCCCGUUUAACUCCAAGGGGGGGACCCCCACCAACAACCAGCAAUCCUUUUGCACUGCUCAAUCGGAGGGUACCCCUGAUGAACAGUUCCCACAACACAUAAAUGAAGAAGGCACUCUGGGUUCACGAAGUGGUUCCAAGAGGGACAAAAAAAACGCAGCAUGCCCCCUCCUUCAGGUGAAUGUACCAAAUGAAGGGCAGGGGACAAAGGCCGCCCAGUGGGAGGGAAAGGGACUCCCCCCACCGACACUCCACUACAGUGAUUCACGACCCGGAAGGGAGAACCCAUUAGGAGGUGCACCACUAGGAGGUGCGCUCACCAGAACGAACGACGGUAAAGGUACACAUACCAAUGUAGCCUGCUCAAAUGAGGGAAGUAACAAUAGACCCCUUCCAAACGUAGGCGACAUGACCGAUAACGCGGAAGUAAAGGGGAAGAAGAAAAGGAAUUACAAAAGGAAGAAAAAAAAGAAUGCACAGUGUGGCAUCGCAAAGGGGACAGUUACCCCGAUGGGGUCAUCGAUGGGGUCAUCGAUUGGGCCAGCCAUCACCACCGUGACCUCAACGGCGAACCCCCAUGUGGCCAACGCGAGCUCCCUUCGAAGCCCCAACGGACCAGUGCCAAGUGCAGCAUACCUGCCAAACCAAAGCGCGCCCCCCGGACGAACGAACCACUCAUUGUACAAGCACAGCGACCCCCUCUUUGUCAUGGACGAACUAGAAUACUGCAGGGACAUAACCCUAUACGAGAAGAGAUUCGACAGGGGGAACAACACUGUACAAAGCAGUAAGAGGUAUGAUGUGGACUUCCCCUCUUUGUAUUGA